AAGCUCGCAUAAGAAUUUAUUGAAAACGUAGUUAGUAUGUACGCGCCGUUGGUUUAAUGGUUCUUUAUUGGGACUCACUUUCGAACUCAUUUCUAAAUUUAGAUAUCGCCACAAGUGAUUGCAGAGAUUAAGAGAUGUACAACUCUCAUAUCACUGGAAGUGAGAGUGCAAUAUUAAACGUCAAAACCACCUAAACUUUGACAGUUUGUCGAGAUGAGGAGGUUUUGACGUUUCGCUAUUGGAAAAAGAGGGACGACCAGAUUGAAAUCCCUCAAAAUAAUUAGUCGAGUGGAGACAUUUCUAAUUUUUUCUGUCAAUUUGUAACGGCCAUGUACGGUUAUUUAUAAGAAAAAGCAAUAAGCAGCUCGUGUACAUACAAUAUGACGAAAGCAAAAGGUAAUUGGAGGAAGUGUGUUGCUGGCUGCAGCGAGGGAGGACAAUUCUAUAAUUUUCCAAAAGAGGGAACGGACCUCGAACGGCGUAAAUGUUGGCUCGAACGUUUAGGUGUUUUUGAAAAUAUGAAUGAUGAAACACCUAAGCACAUUUUUGCUUGUGAACGGCAUUUUUCGGAUAAAAUGCCCCACAAAAAAAAAAUUACGUCAGAGGGCCGUUCCUGAUAUUAAUUUCAUUGUCGAGCCUACAUUUAAUGCCUCUAAUUCUUUUUUUCAAAAACCCAUCGAGAAGGGUCCGGAAGAUUUCGCUCUUAUUGAAGAAGCUGUCUCAAAUGCAACCGGUGCAUCGAAGCAGCUUCUUCCACUUUUUGAAACGGGAAAUCGCGAUAUAAUUCUAGAGCCUCUUCCAUUCCUUGAGGAGGAACAUUUAAAUAGUUCUGAAAAGGCCGCGCAAACAAGUCGGGGUCUGUCAGCAGGGACAGAUAGAAAGAAGAAAUUGAGAGAAGAGAAUAGGAUUUUACAAAUAAAAUUAGAUGAAAAAGAACAGGAGAAUAGGAGUUUAAAGGCUCAGUUGGUCCAAAUGGCCACUGAAUUAGAAAGAUGUAGGGAAAUAAUAAGAAAUAGUUCAUUUAGGGAACAGUCAGACCCUCUUGAGUUAGUUUGUAGCAAUGUUCCUCCUCAGUUAGGAGCUUGUAUUAGGAGUAGUUUUUUUAAUAGUAAACGUAAAAAUCACGGUCAGCGGUAUGAUAAUUUUUUUAAAACCAUACCUUUGGGUGUGUUUUUCUUGUCGCCAGUUGCUUAUCGAUACCUAAAGCACCAGCUUAGUUUUCCUUCAGAAAACACUUUGCAUAAUUUUGUUACAGAUUGGCCUCGUUUCCCAGGUUGCACCCAAAGCAGCAUAAAAUCGUUAGAAAUUAGGUGUAGGGGAUUUUCUUUUGAACAAAAGUUCGUAUCCGUUUCUUGUGAUGAAAUGUCACUGAAAUGUCAUUUGCAGUAUGAUAGGAAAUUUAAUAGGGUGAUAGGUCUCGAAGAUUAUGGCGAUGAAAAUCGUACAUCUAGAUUAGCCACAACUGCAAUGACCAUAAUGGUGCAAGGUAUACAUAGGUGGCGAACCUUGGUCACACCCAUUAGCGUAUUUCUUUGUAAGAGGUUCUUGCAAAGGAGAUGUCCUCAAAAAAUAUAUUCUUGAAGCCAUUACACAACUUCAAAAUAUAGGACUAGUUCCUUGCCAUUUUGUUUGCGACCAGGGUACUGAUUUUCAAAAUUUUGCUAAUUUGUUAGGUGUUUCAGCGUCACAGCCUUUUUUAAUGUUAGUGGCAAGGAAAUAUGUUUUUUUACGAUAGCCCCCAUUUGAUAAAAUGCAGCCGGAACUGCUUACAAAAUAUUAAAAAUAAAGUUUUCUUCAAAAAUCGUCGCGUUAGUUGGUCCGAUAUAAUCCAUUUUUACAAAAUGGACUCUAAGUCGAGUUAUCGGUGCGCGCAUAAAUUAACCGAUGCUCAUAUUUACCCCAAUACCUUCCAAAAAAUGAAGGUUAAAUUCGCGUCUCAAGUGUUAAGUAAUACGGUCGCUUCUGGUAUGUUAUCUCCAGCUCCGGAGCCUUAAGCUCAAAUAGUGUAAGCUUUGUUAAUACCGCGGAAUUCGUUUCUUUUUUUAAUAAGUUAUUCGACAUUUUUAAUAGCAGUUUUGUUGAGGCUAUUGUACCCACUAAAACAGUUUUUGAAGGUUCCCAAGAGCAGAAACAGUUUUUAGAUGAGGCAGAACAGGUUUUAAAAACAAACCGGGUCGUAGAUGAGUUAGGAAACAACACAACAAAUAAUUUCAAUUUUAUAAAGGGGUGGAUAAUUAACAUAAAUAGUUUAAGACGCUUGUGGCGAUUGCUGCCACAUUCAGGAUUUCCCUACCUAAAGACAAGACGACUAUGCCAGGACAGUUUAGAACAUUUUUUUGGUCAGAUUAGAAGUAGAGGAGGUACUAGAGUAACACCUUUCAUGUUCUCUAGCCUAUUUAGAAAGUCGUGGGGCCUACGUUACGUAAAUAUCGUAACCAAAGGAAACUGUGAGCUGCCUUUAGAACCCGAAGCUACAGUAAUUUCAGAACAUAGCAACAAUGUUCUUCUCAAUGUGUGCAAUGAUUCCCUUUUGAACGACCUUUCUUGGCAGUAUUUUCAAGGCUUACCACGGCCCGAACACUCCAUUGUUAGAUCCAUCACUUUAGAUAGUAGUUUAGAAAUCAAUUUUUUAAAAGAAAACGCAUUUAGUUACUUCUGCGGCUAUCUAUAUUUGAAAAUUUUCAAAAUGCACACGUGCUUCCUGCCCUUGCCUUAUUUAGGAGAUGAAAUUCCUUCUGAUGAAUUCAUCUUCCUGCACCAAAAUCAAAUCGAUAAAUGCAACUUAGUUAAGCCGCCUAAUGAAUUUGUUGCAUUUAUUAACAACUUAGAAAUUAAAUUUGUUGAGGAAUUCGACAGAAAUUGUCACAAGAUAGGUGUAGGAGAAAUUCUUUUUUCUAAAUUAAAAGAUGUUAGGCCCUUCUUGUGUUGUGAAGACUGUGACCCAAAUGUAGCAAUUGCUCUUUUUAUUAGAAUUAGGAUUUAUUUUAUAACUAAAUUUUUAAAUAGAGAUCUUUCAGUCCUCAAUUUUAAGA